AACGUUUCAGACCCACUCGUCUCCUUCCUUUUUAUCUCUCUCUUUCUCCGAUGGAGACACGACCAUCCUCAUCUUCUCUUUCACCGGCGACGAAUCUUAACCUCGACAGACUCAAAGUUCUAAAACUCCUCGGAAAAGGCGCCACCGGAACAGUCUUCCUCGUCCACGACUCUGUUUCCGACUCCUCUGUUUCUUCUCCCUUCGCUUUAAAACUCGUCGACAAAUCCUCCGCCUCUUCUCUCCGCCGUGCACGGUGGGAAAUUCAGAUCCUUCAACGUCUCUCCGAUGACACAAACCCAAACCCUUUUCUCCCAAAACUCUUAGCUUCUUCAGAAUCCUCUGAAUUCAUCGCAUGGGCUUUACCUUACUGCUCCGGCGGCGAUCUAAACGUCCUCCGUCACCGUCAAAACGACGGCGUUUUUAGCUUCUCUGUUAUUAAAUUCUACUUAGCUGAAAUCGUCUGUGCGCUUGACCACCUUCAUACCAUGGGCAUCGCGUAUAGAGACUUGAAACCUGAGAAUAUACUUCUUCAAGAAUCGGGUCACGUGACUUUAACCGAUUUUGAUCUCUCUUGUAGUCUCAAUAAACCCACCCGACCCGAGUUUUAUCUAUCCGACCCGGAACCGGAUCCGAACCCGGAAUCGAAGCUCAGUCAUCAUAAGAGAAGUCUGAGAAUUUUCCGGCAGAAGAAGAAGAAGACGAAAUCAGCUCGUGUUAACCCGAUUACACGACGGAGACUGAGUUUUUCCGGCGGUGAACGGUCAAAUUCUUUCGUCGGAACUGAUGAGUAUAUAUCGCCGGAGGUAAUUCGCGGCGACGGACACGAUUUCGCCGUCGAUUGGUGGGCUCUCGGUGUUUUAACGUACGAGAUGAUGUACGGAGAGACACCGUUCAAAGGAAGAGGCAAGAAGGAAACUUUUCGUAACGUGUUGAUGAAGGAACCUGAAUUCGCCGGAAAACCGUCGGAUUUAACCGAUCUGAUCCGUCGUUUGCUGGUUAAAGAUCCGGCGAAGCGGUUAGGUAUCCGGCGAGGAGCGGCGGAGAUAAAGGAGCAUGCUUUUUUCAGGGGAGUGAGGUGGGAUUUGUUAACGGAAGUGUUAAGACCUCCGUUUAUUCCGUUGAGAGAUGACGGAGAAUUGACGGGAAAAGUAACGGCGGAAAGUGGGUUUGGUAUAAAGGAAUAUUUCGAGAAACUGAAAACGCCGCCGUUACUGUUACCGCACGAGUGUCCUGAAAACAAUCCGUUUGUUGAUUUCUGAUCCACGCGUGGGAGAAUCUAACACACGUAUAAUAGUUUUUAGAUUCUCUUUUUUUCUUUUCUUGUUCUGUUAUUUAGCUUUUCUGAUUUUGAUGUGUAUAAAAAAAUAAUUGUUAG